AUGCCUAUUCUCAAACUGAAUGUUAACAACAUGUUCAAAGGACAUUUUCAUUUUUUUUCAGGUAGUCUUGCACACAAAUAUUUUACACUUAACAACAACGUCCCCGGGACCAUCUUUAUAGGAACACAGGAAGAUUUAUUGAUUAAUGCCAAUGCAAAGCUAUCAAAACUCCAGGGCCCUACAUCCCCGACCCUCAGGCAACUACAACAGGAUCAGUUAAGCUUCGACAUGGAAUUAUGUGAUAUUAUCACCAUCUCUAAAGGGUCUUUUAAUGUUGCUGGAGAAUCAAUUCCCAAAUCAGGAGUUUUGUUCCAGUGCUUCAAGAGACCAGAAAAUUCUGCAAACCUAAUUGAAAUUUUGACAAUCAUGACUACAAAUACGAUUUAUGAGCAGCUGUAUAAGAACAAAGUUUCAAUGUCUACAUAAAUUCACAACUAAGGAACACAUCUUCUGUGACUUAUUUAUCUUCAAAGAGCACAGAUAUCUCUAUCAAGGAAUUAUAGUAAUAAAGU